AUGAACAUUACUAUACUCGAUGAUUAUUUUGAUACGAUUCGUACACUCCAGUGUUACAGUAAAUUGAAUAAUCAUAAUGUUACUAUAUGGAAUGAUCAUGUACAAGAAAUAGAAGCACUUGUUGAUCGACUUAAAGAAACGGAUGUACUGGUAUUAAUUCGUGAACGUACACAAAUUUGUGGUGAUCUUCUUGAACGAUUGCCUCGUCUAAAAUUGAUUAGUCAACGCAGUGUCUAUCCUCAUAUUGAUAUCGAUGCUUGUAACCGUUUGAGUAUAAUUGUUUCAUCGAAUCAGCAUGUUGAUAGUCCUUCGUAUGCUGCUGCAGAAUUGACUUGGGCUCUUAUACUUGCAUCAGUGCGUCAAAUUCCUCAACAGGUGACUGGAAUGAAAGCAGGCCGAUGGCAAAUCGGUGUUGGAAGUACGCUACGUGGGAAAACACUUGGAAUCUAUGGUUACGGUAGAAUUGGAAGUACUGUCGCUAGAUAUGGUAGAGCAUUUGAUAUGAAUAUACUUGUUUGGGCACGUGAAUCAUCUUUAGCUCGUGCUCACACUGAUGGCUUUGUAAUAGCAAAGAGCAAAACAGAAUUUUUUCAAACAUGUGAUAUUCUAUCACUUCAUAUGCGUUUAGUGGAAGUAACACGUGGUAUUGUUACUGCUCAAGAUCUUGCCUGUAUGAAGCCAACUGCUCUUAUAGUUAAUACGAGUCGAGCGGGGCUCAUUGAGCCAGAUGCAUUGGUCAAUGCAUUACGUGCUGGUCGACCAGGUAUGGCAGCUGUUGACGUUUAUGAGCAUGAGCCAAUGCGUGACACAAAAAAUCCUCUUCUUACGAUGGAUAACGUUAUUUGUACACCUCAUAUUGGAUACGUGUCGGUUGAUGAGUAUGAACUCCAAUUUUCUGAUAUAUUUGAUCAAAUCGUCUCAUAUGUUGCUGGUAGACCCAUCCAUGUAGUUAAUCCGACAGUUAUCCAUCAAUAA